UUGCUCAAACAGUACUAUCGGCAACUGCUUAUGUGGCGGAUGGGACAUGAACCCUAUUCAGAUCGAGUGCCAAUUGAUCGACCACUAUUUGUGAACACUUCAAUGACCGCUCAGAAUAGAAUCGAUCUCUAUCGACGACUCGGAGAUCCACCUCAAGACAGUGAACCAGCACUAUUAUUUCGGCUUCCGUAA